GAUAAUAUCAAAUUGACAGUUGAUAAUGACUAAAAGUAAACACCAAAAAUAUUAAACGCUACGUUUCAAAUUCUGAUUUGUGUUUGACCUAUUCCUAAAAAAAAUUAAGUUGACUCAGUUUCCUUGUUAGUGGAGUAAUCAAUAAGGAAUUGAAGCGUGUGAGUGACUAUCAAACAUUGGCUAAAAUGGACCCACUUAUAGAGGAAGAGUAUAUAAUGGAACCAGACCCAGAAACAUCAGUAUUAGAUUCAAUAUGGAGUGCUGGUCCCGUCUUACUUGGAUCCACUCUGCUUGUGGUAUACAUUGGUUUCAAGUGGUUCCAAUGGCAGAAAGCCAACUCGGAUAUUGAUGAAGCCACAAAGAAUCCAGAUUUAUAUCUCGCUCGAAUGGAGGCGAUACAGCGAACUCGCGAGAAACAACAAAGAGAGUUGGAGGAGGCAUCGCGAAAGAAGAAGGAAGAGGACAUCGAGAAAGAAAAACGGAAACGCGCGGAAAAUCUGGCGAAACUAGAAAAGUAUGGGUCGAAGGGGGGGCAGACAGUGGGACAGCCGAGUGAUGGAGAAUAUCUUCCGUUGUGCGGUGGCUCGUCUUCGUCAAGUUAUAAAGCGCCCAAGCGAUCCGCUUGCGCUAAAGGCGGUUGUGGGAAAUAAUAAAAUAAUAUUCAAUAUUUUUUGUAUUUUCAUUGUUUAACGGUGCAAUUAGUCUAGUUUCGUGUUUAAAUCAUGUAUAUUGAUUAUUUGAUCAUAGUUAAUGGUUUUGUACGAAAUAUGAUAACGCAAAUGCAUUCAAUUUUUAAAAUCCAAGCUGUGCUUUAAUCUUUGAGAUGUAUAAUCUGUGAUUCAACUAUCACUAUGCAUCGUCGGUGACAAUUGUCAUGACUUGAAGCGCGGGAAUAUUCAAAUGUUAAUAUUGAAAUGUGAAGCGUAUAUCACACUAUAGAAGAUAUCCAUAGACAUGUAAGAAAAAAGGAAUUAUACUGGCGUCCAUUUUAUCACAAAAUGAUUAAUUUUUUGAUAAUAAUUUUUUUCAUAAUAA